GGGGGCGGGCCAAGGGGGGGUCGGGAGUCCACGGCGGUUAAUUCCUUUUACAGUGCGGCUCUGCUUCCCUCCGCAUGGGCUUUUCUGAAGCUGCGAGAGAUGGUCAGGUCCGGAUCUCGACCGGGCCAGGUAUUAUCUUCAGGAAAGCACACUGGACCUGCUAAAUUAACAAAUGGAAAGAAAGGGACCCAUUUGAGAAAGAUAUCUCGUCUUAAUGCAGAUUCUGGCUAUCCCACUCAUUCUGAUUCAGAAAGUCAGACUGAGACUGUACAAGGGCUUGAUGGUUGUGCUGCUUUGCUGCGGGACAUUUUGAGAAAUGAAGAUUCAGUAGGUUCAGAAAUAGCAUAUUCAGAAAACAGAUAUAACCCCAGACCUGUAGAAAGCAAACGAUAUGGAUCUAAAAAGAAAGGACAUGAAAAACAUACUGUACCUUCUGUAGUCUGGAAGGAAAUUUUAUCUUCAGAUAAUAAGAAACAGAUUCCUAAUGAUGCUUCUGCUGGAAGUGAAAGAGACUCAUCAGAUAUACCACAAAAUUGGUCACUACAAGAUCAUUAUAGAAUGUAUUCACCCAUAAUAUACCAAGCCCUCUGUGAGCAUGUGCAGACUCAAAUGUCACUGAUGAAUAACUUGGCUUCAAAGAACAACCCUAAAGGAAUUCCUACUGCACCUUGCCACACUGUGUCUGGUUCUGAAUCUCAGGUAUCUCCAUAUUCUAAUUAUAGCUUAUCCACCUCUACCCCAGUCCAGUUACCUCAGCAACCACCCUGCCCUCCAGUGGUUCAUUCUGAAGUUCAGACUGAUGGUGACAACCAGUUUAUAUCACAAGGUAGAACAAUUCCUGUGGACUGUACUGAUGAUGUUCUAAGGAAUUCCUUCAGUACUAGUCUUGGAGUUCCAUGUAGCCUGCCCCAAACUGACAAACCAGCUACUCCAACAUUUCAGCAGCUGGGUCUUGCUAAUGGAAUUCUGCCACAACAAAGAGUUCCUAAGGAACCGGACCUACUAAAGGGUUUCCAAACAUACACGAAACUGUUGGGUUCUCAUCCAGACAGUCAGACUUGCUGCAGCCCCACCCUAUUACAGCCAGAUUUCUUGGCUAUUAAAGAAGAAAAAUAUGUUAAAGAACAAAUUGGAGAGGUUAGAAGUGAAAGAAAGGAUUUAAACAUACCCGUGCAAGAUACAAGAAUAAAGGAUGUGCAGAAUGCAAAAAAUGUGAACCAGAGUGCUGAAAAAGUUAGAACUAUCAAGUAUUUGUUGGGAGAGCUCAAGGCCCUGGUAGCAGAACAAGAAGAUUCAGAAAUUCAGAGGUUGAUUACAGAACUGGAGUUGUAUAUAUCUCUGCUUCCAACAGUAAAUGGAAACACAAAUAUUCAGGUUGAAAUAGCACUGGCCAUGCAACCACUAAGAAGUGAAAAUGCUCAUUUACGCAGGCAAUUGAGAAUUUUGAACCAGCAACUUACAGAACGAGAAAAAACUCAAAAGUCAUCUGGUUCUCUGGAAUGCAACCUUGAAUUGUUUUCUCUUCAAUCAUUGAACAAGUCACUGCAAAAUCAAUUACAGGAGUCACUAAAGAGCCAAGAAUUACUACAGAGUAAAAAUGAAGAGCUUUUAAAAGUGAUAGAAAGUCAGAAAGAUGAAAACAAAAAGUUUGCUGGUAUAUUUAAAGAGAAAGAUCAAACUUUACUUGAAAAUAAACAGCAAUUUGACAUUGAGACAACAAGAAUGAAAAUUGAAUUGGAGGAAGCUUUAGUCAAUGUGAAAAGCUGCCGGUUUAAGUUAGAAGCUGCAGAAAAGGAAAAUCAGAUUUUGGGAAUAACAUUACGUCAGCGUGAUGCUGAGGUGACUCGACUAAGAGAAUUAACCAGAUUUUGUGCACAGCAGAGAUAACAUUUUUAAGUCUGGAAAGGAACUUCAACAUAAGGAUUUCUUUACUAAAAAUAAAUAAAAAUCGCAGUGUGCAGUCUUGUUGAAUUAACUAGUGGAUCAUUAUUCAUUACAGCAUUUCUUUAAAUAUACAUUUCUAUAGCAUAUUUUUUAAUCUUUUAAUAGUAGCUCAUUAGCUUCUUGAAAGAGGUAUGAGGAAAAAGUGGCUGGAGCCAUUGCCAUUUGAAUGGUAAUCAGAACUCAAAACAUAGCAUAUUUAAGAUGACAGUGAAAGCCAGGUUGGAAAAAAACUAUUUUUUUCCUUUUGUAGGAAAAGAAUCACUCAUUCUGUAUCCAAAGAUAUAAUCACUGCUAAUGGUUUCGUAUAAAGAUUCCUUUUAGUAUUUUAUUUGGAUGUGUGUAACUGUUUUUACAAAAGUAAUAUUGUUAUUGUGUUGCUUAUGGUCUGUCUUUUAAAUUUAACCUGGUAUAAUAAACAUUUUCUUAUCAAUAAAUAUUCUUUACAACAUGGCUAUAGAUGGCUGUGAUGCAGUAAGACCAUAGUUUACCUAAAUCAGUCCACAGUAUUUGAGGAUAUUAACCCCAUUUAUUUUCUGUUAUAAAUUACAUCUUUGUAAAUAUAUCUCUGGGUACAGCCUCUUGGUGAAUAUCAGUAGGAUAAAGUUCCAGAAGUGCAACUUGGUGGGUCAAAAGGUGUGGGAUAUACAAAUCUUUACGGCUUCUGAUAUAUUGCUGGUCUGCUCAGAGAGUGUACACUCCCACUAGUAAUACCUGCUUCUCCAAGCUUCUCUAACAAUGGAUAUUCUUAUUUUCCUAUGUUAGCUUGAUAGGCCAAAAAAAAUCACAUUUAAAAACUUUGAAUUUCUCUGAUAAGAGUUGAACUUUUAAAACAUACUUAUUGGCUAAUUGUAGUCUUUUAAAAUUACCUGUUGAUGUUCCUUGUAUCUUUUUUUAAAAUUGGUGUGCUUCUUUUUCUUACCUGUAUUUAAGAGUGUAUUAUGAUUCAAUUCAAAUAGACUAAAGCCUUGGUAUAAAAUGGUUUUAAUAGGACUACUAAUAAAAGCUGCCACGAAAUAAAAACCCACUUAGCCUGAAACUGUGCUAGGCACUUUACCCUUAUGUUUUAUUAUUUUAUCUUAUUUAAUGUUCACUCUAAUUCUGAAGUAGUUACCUUCAUUUUGCAAUUGAAGAACUUGAGAUUCAGGAAGGUUGAGUGACUUGCCCAAGAUCACAGCUAGCGAUAGUGUGAAGAUAUUAUUCCAUUUCUGUCUGACUUCAAACCCUGUGUGGUUUUCCUUAUAUCACACUUUUCCUGGAGCCUAGCUGUUGCUACCUAAUUAUACUAGAUAAUUAUCUCUAUCCUCUUUUUUUUACCCAGCACUAUUCCAGCGUCCUUUGCAUAUAUAUUUUGAAUGGAAAGUAAUUUAAUUACUAACAGAAUCCACUAACAAAUGAGUAAUAUAUUUACCAUUUUGCAAUGUUGCUCAAAAAUAAAGCAUCUCUGUACCUUAAGAGAGAAAUUUUUCUGAGCCUCUAUUUUUAGAUAUAAUAAUAAUCGAUUUGAUGCAGACCAAGAUCUUUUAUCAUUUCUUAUUUUAAUUUACUCUUUCCAGAGCAUAUUCUGUGAUUUUGUGCUUUUAGUUGCUUUUUCCCGUAUUAAGAACCAGGUGCUUGCCUCAAAUACUUUCUUUUAAAGAUGAGGUAUAUUUAAAUAAAUGUAAGAAAUGGGUACAAAGAAAUAAUUAGUGUACUAAAUUCUUCU